CCCCGCGGAGCCGCGUUCUCCGGAACCCCCGUCUCUGCUCCGCCUCCGCGCCGUCUCCGGGAGGGAUGUACGAGAGCCUGAGCCCCGGAGCCAGCCCCGGCCCGGGCUCCUUCCUCAGCGGGGACUACUACCACCGGCCCCCGGGGCUGGGGCCGGACAGGGGGCUGCUCGGGCCGGACAGGGGGCUGCUCGGGCCCGGGAUGGGGGCGCUGCCGCGGCCGCUCGGCGGCUCGCUGGUGGCCGGGCGGCGCUGGAGCGGCUCCAGCCACUCCGUCGAGACCGAGAGCACCAGUUCUGGGGAGGACCUGCUGGUCCUCAGCCCCCCCUCCCCUCCACCGCCGCCCCGCAUCUACAAGCCGUGCUUCGUGUGCCAGGACAAGUCCUCGGGAUACCACUACGGCGUCAGCGCCUGCGAGGGCUGCAAGGGCUUCUUCAGGAGGAGCAUCCAGAAGAACAUGGUGUACAUGUGCCACCGAGACAAAGCCUGCGUCAUCAACAAAGUGACCAGAAACCGCUGUCAGUCGUGCCGGCUGCAGAAAUGCCUGGACGUCGGCAUGUCCAAGGAGUUGGUAAGAAAUGACAGAACAAAGAAGAAGAAGAAGGAGGAGAAGCGUCACGGGGACUCUGAGAUCUACGUGCUGUCGGCAGACACGGAGCAGAUGAUUGAGCGGGUUCGCCAGGCCCAUGUGGAGACGUUCCCCUCCCUCUGCCAGCUGGGCAAAUACACCACGAGCGACAGCUGUGAACACCGGGUUGCUCUGGACGUCAGUCUCUGGGACAAGUUCAGCGAACUGUCCACCAAAUGCAUCAUUAAAACCGUGGAGUUUGCGAAGCAGCUCCCAGGUUUCACCACGCUGAGCAUCGCCGACCAGAUCACGCUGCUCAAAGCCGCCUGCCUCGACAUACUGAUCCUGAGGAUCUGCACCCGCUACACCCCGGACCAGGACACCAUGACGUUCUCCGACGGCCUGACCCUGAACCGAACACAGAUGCACAACGCCGGCUUCGGACCCCUCACCGACCUGGUCUUCUCCUUCGCCAACCAGCUCCUCCCGCUGGAGAUGGACGAUGCAGAGACGGGACUGCUGAGCGCCAUCUGCCUGCUCUGUGGAGACCGUCAGGACCUGGAGGAGUCGGGGAAGGUGGACGUUCUUCAGGAGCCCAUGCUGGAAGCCCUGAAGAUGUACGUGAGGAGGAGGAGACCUGAGAAACCCUGCAUGUUCCCCAAGAUACUGAUGAAGAUUACUGACCUCAGGAGCAUCAGUGUGAAGGGAGCAGAGCGAGUGAUCAGCCUGAAGAUGGAGAUCCCCGGCUCCAUGCCCCCUCUCAUCCGGGAGAUGCUGGAGAACUCUGAGGGGCUGGAGAAUCACGGGGCUCUGGGGGGGAAGGGAGGAGGGAACGGGAGAGGAGGAGGAGGCACAGAGGAGAAACUCGGACACUGCCAUGCCAGUCGGUCCCCUGACCUGGUCCCCUCUCGUGGCCCCGGCCCCCCCGGACCCCCCCCUCACCUGAAGUUCUGUUCUAGAGCUGCUGAGACCAGACCGGGGGGGGAAGAACCGGUGUCUGAACCCUGAAACUGCCUGCUCGGGGCUUUACUGGUCCAUGUUUGUGCCGUAACGUUAUGGCGCUAUACAUUAAAUGCAAAAAACACAAUGUCACUUUUUUUUUUUUUUAUUAUAUAAAAAGCUAAUUUUAUGCAAACUAAGCAUAAGUGAUGGAUGAUGUUGAUAUUGAUAGAUGAAGAUUCUUACAUGUCCUCGUAGCUUCAAUCCUCACAUGUAACAUAGUGUUUAUACCAGAGCCAUGACUGACGUCACACUGAGACACUGAAGCCCACAAUUAUUUUCCUACAUGUUUAUAUCCUCGUAUGUGUUGGUGGAGCAAUCACCCACUUAUGGAGCUUUUCCACUAGUUCCUACUCCACUCGCCACGAUUUGGUUCUUUUCCACUAGAGGUCUAACGUGCAGAGUAGAUACUUUUCUGUAUCUAUUCUGCCGAGGUUCUAAGCUGCUGAGUCGGCUGUAUCUGACAUCAUCACACUACAGACCACCGAUUGGUCGGGGGGUUGGAGUCAGACGUCUGAGUCAGGAGGAGGAAAUCAGAGAAAGAGACUCUGACGGAUUCUGGUUCAUUUUAUUCAACAGGCAACGGCAGCAGAAGUCUGUUUCAUGAUCCAACUCUGAGGGUCAGAUGUUCAUAAACCUGGUGCUGAGGAGAGAAUUAAAAAGGGAUCUAGACGGAGAUAAGGAACGACCAGAUCUACCAGGAGCUCUGUCUCUUCAUAGCUGCUCACGGCUCCAGCUGACUUUCCUACGGUGGCUGACAAGGGCCAAACGCACUGCAACGGCCUAACGCGUCUCAGU